CUUCCUUUCUAAUUAAUUAAUUAUCACGCAUUUAAUUCUCGGAUUUUCAUUCAUCCAUAUUUUACUUUUGAAAAUAAUUGGACACUAGAAAGUACGCAUUGCAUUUCAGUUACACAAUUCAAAAGAUUUCAUCGUUCAUCUUUUCUUUGGCUCUCACCUUCGUUCUGCUGCUGCUUCAACUGGUUUUAUUUUGACCGUUUGGAACCUUUUCACUCACUCAAGAAGCCGCAAUCAACUCCCCUGAAUUCCAGUGAGGCCUGAGUUAAAUUGUGGAAAAGCUGGAAAUUUGAUGAGUUUGAGAUAGCAGGCACAGAAAAAAGUCCUACUCAUGAAGAAACUAUUAUUUUUCAAAUCCUCUGCAUCCAGCGGUGGAGGCAACAAUGUAGCUACUCCAAAAUCAACAAACAAGCAUACAUUAUGGGAGAAUUCAUCAGAUAAUGGAAUGAAUAGUCAGGCUCAUGGAAAAGCUGAAAAUUAUUCCCAGGUCCCCAAGGGAUUGUUCUCCAAAUCUCGAAAACAAGUUUCUGAUACUCAUAGUUCUUGUGCUGGUCCAGCUCUUAGAAGGAGCAGGUCAUUUUCGUCCGCUGCCUACCACUUGAAAGAUCCAAGUAGAUCUCCUUCUAGUAGCAUUGCUAGUGAUCCGUAUCAUCAGUUUGAGCAUUCGUCUCGUUGUCAGGCUCUUAACUCUGAGAAGCAAAAGAGGGAUAAGCCAGCACAAUUUGCAGUAUCUUCUAACCACAAUUCCAAUGGAUACGAGAGACCUGGGUCCCAUAGUUCUUCACGAUCCCAUCAUGAUUUAUCUGGGAACUCUUCGACUUGCUCUAGCAAUGUUUCAACUAAGGUUGUAGACCGUUAUAUUGAUGGGGAGCAGCAACUGGAGGACAGUAGACCCAGGAGCAAUUCACAUAGUUAUAAUUCUGGGCAUGGAAAUUAUGGUGUGAUGCUGCCCCCAAAAAUUCAGCUCACAGCACCUAAUUCACCAACAGAUGGAUCCAAAGAUAAACCAAGGGCUUACUCAUUCAGAGAAGCCAAAGUUAGUCGUCCUCGCCUCUCAUCUCGAGAUUGGAUGGAAAAUGGGUUUGGACAUGAAUCACCAAGGAGUAUUGCAAAAAAUGUCAUUGAGAGACUUUCUCAGUCUCGUGAUCUCUCUAAAGCUAGGUCAAAGGAUUUGGAUCUUGACAAUCCAAUCACAAUCGAAGAUAUCUAUGCAAGAUCAGUGAAUGGGCACUAUGACUCUGAUUUGGAUGACACCCCACCAAAAAGUUAUUUGUUGGAUGAACCAUUCAGGAUGACAAAUGGUUAUCAUGGCAUGAAUGGCAUUUCUGAGGGUAUAAGCUGUGAUGAAGUUGAUGCUGAUGCUGAUUCUGAUCCAGAACUAAUGAGAAGGUCAAGGGAAGCUGAGGAGAGAGUUAUUCAUCUUUCUAAGACGUUAGAACGAGAAAACUUUUUCCCUGAUGGUGGUUAUGAUGUGCCAACACUGAUUCAGACAAUCAGAAACCUGGCAGAGGAGAAAAUAAGCUUGGCUCUUGAAGUUUCGACCCAACUAAGGUCUCGAAUCUCUGACAGAGCAUCUGCUAAGGAAGAUCUUAGACGUGUAAAGACGGAACAGGAGUUUCGAACUCAACGACUUGAGAAAGAGAAGAACGAGAUGCAGUCUGCAUUGGAAAAGGAACUGGACAGGAGGUCAAGUGACUGGUCGUUCAAGCUUGAGAAGUUCCAGUUAGAAGAACAAAGGCUCCGUGAACGUGUUAGAGAGCUUGCAGAGCAGAAUGUAUCACUUCAAAGGGAAGUCUCCUCUUUUGGUGAGAGGGAGAUGGAGAGCAAACGUGUGAUGGCAUACACUGAUCAACAGCUCAAGGGAUUGACUGAAAAGACAGAGAAAAUGAAAGAGGAGAUUGUUGAUUUGCAGCAAAAUCUCUUAGAACUACAAGAGAAAUAUAAGAUAGCAGAAGAAAAUCGGGACUGUAUUCGAAGAAAUUUUGAAGAGAAGGAUAAGGAGUGCAAAGAGUUACAAAAGUCCUUAACGAGAUUAUUAAGGACUUGCAGUGACCAAGAGAAGACAAUUGCAGGAUUACAAGAGGGCUUUAAUGUGGAACUUGAGACAAACAAAUCUAAGGAGGGCGUUGAUAAGCACAUUGCCAAAAUGCAAAUGGAGCAGAUGAGGUUAGCCGGAGUAGAAUUGGCCUUGAGAAGGGAACUAGAAUCCUACAAGGUUGAAGCAGAUUCUCUUCGCCAUGAGAAUAUAAUUCUGUUAAACAGAUUGAAAGCUGAUGGUAAAGAAUGUUUUGUCGCAACUUAUAAAUUAGACAAAGAACUGUGGGCCCGCGUCUGCUGCCUUCAGAAUCAAGGCCUAACAAUGCUGAAUGAAAGCACAUCUCUGUGUUCUAACAUGAUGGAAUUCAUUAAAGGGAAAGGAAGUCAUCUUCGUCAAAAUAUCCAACUGGAUAGAGAAGUCAUUGGAAACGGUUUAGAUGCGCAGUUUAUUCUUGAAUCUGAAACAAAAAUUCAGGGACUUAAAAGUGGUACUGAUCGCUUAACUAGGAGUUUGCAGACAAUGUCUUCUUUGAUGAACGAAAAGUCAAAUCCAUUGACUUCUAAAUUUCAGUCAGAAUGUAUAGAUGCUGAUAAAUCAACUCAACUGAAUGAUCAAUCAUCUGAGGAUAUACUAAGAACUGAGCUUAAAGCAGAAUGUUUGGUAACAAGUUUAUUACGAGAAAAGAUGUACUCUAAAGAGCUCCAAGUUGAGCAGAUGCAAGCUGAACUGGCUACAGCAGUAAGAGGAAAUGACAUACUUAGAUCUGAAGUGCAGAAUGCUAUGGACAACCUUUCAAGUGUAACACAUAAGUUGAAGGACCUUGAACUUCAGAUGAUGAAGAAAGAUGAGAGUAUAAACCACCUUCAAAGUGAUCUUCAAGAGGCUAUGAGGGAGUUAACAAUAACGAGGGGAAUGUUGCCCCAAGUGUCAGAGGACAGAGAUCGUUGCUGGGAAAAAGUGAAACAGUGUAGUGAGCAGAAUAUGCUGUUGCAGUCAGAGGUCAAUGUAUUGAAGAACAAGAUAGAGACACUUGAAGAAGAUAUACUUGUCAAAGAAGGUCAAAUAACAAUCUUGAAGGAUUCCCUUGGCAAAAAACCCUUUGAUCUCCUUAGUACUGAUUCCAUGCAUGAGUUUUUGAUUAGAUGAUUACACCUGUCAAAUCUUGUUCCUAUCACUUAGGACAAAUAAUUACAUUGUUCAUAGUUGCCUAUAUCUCUUCAGAAUUGUUGGUCUUCUACAAUGUCUUAAAGUUUUUCUUUCUUUUUCCUUUAUCGUUUUAGUUUCUUAUAUACUUGGUGUAAGAUUUGGACAGAGAAGUAAAAGAAUAUAUAGAAAAGUCCUU